AAUUCUUGUUUUGUCACAUAUGUGGUUAGUGAAUGAAUUAUUUCACAUGGUCUUGCUCCAUAUUAGCACUACACUCUCCAUACAAUACCAUAUGGUGUUGUCAAUUUUUUUAGUAUAUAUAUAUUGAAUCAAUUGUUCAUAUUCAAUAUAAAGUCGAUCAAAAUUUGCACCAUAGUUUAAUUUACUCUUUCUCUUAAGUCCUCAUAAAUUUUAAACCAUGCUAAGUGCAAAAAGGCUAAUAGAAAUGGCAAAAAAGUGGCAAAAUAUGGUUAUUGGAAAACGCAAAAGGAUCUCAUACCCAAGACAUGAAGUGGAUACAAAUUCUUCAGCUGUGAUCAAGGGUCACUUUGUUGUCUACAGCGUCGACCAUAAGCGAUUUGUAGUACAUCUAAAAUAUCUUAGCACGAAAGUAUUCAGAGAACUUUUUCAAUGGUCUGAGGAAGUAUUCGGAUUACCAACAAAAGGACCUAUUAUGUUACCGUGUGAUAGUGUUUUCUUGGAGUAUGCAAUCUCGUUGGUUCAAGAACGGAUCGAUGAUGAUGUUGAGAAGGCUUUGAUCACUUUCAUGUAUGCUUGUCACAACGAGGCAUCAUCUUCUUGUCAUGAUCUUAAGCAAAAAAACCAACAAAUAAUUAUAUAUGGCUUUUGAAGAGAUUUAAAUACAUUUGUCUACAAAAUUAGACAUAUAGAUUACAGAGCCUUUAUAAGUAGUUCUGAUAUAUUUCAGAAGCAGUUUUGUAUAAUUAGUUAUGAGAAGGAAACAAUUUAUUCUCAAAACAUUUCUUAUUAUGAAAAGUAUGAAGUAUUCUAAUAGUAAUGUAAUGUGUCAAUUUAAAUCUCUGCUUCCUUAGCAUUCA